AUGGUAUCUCCAAAGGCGGUGAUAGGGAUUUGUGCGGGUGUAUCGGCGACGAUAUUCCUUGGAUACUGCAUCUACUUCGAUAAACAGCGCCACAACGAUCCCGAUUUCAAGAGGAAACUAAGAGAAAAACGGCGAGCGAAGCGGGAAGCCUCGAAUUGCAAGAAGAACAGCACUGUGUUCCCGGACAUGAAGGACCACGAGGCCGUGCAGAAGUUCUUCCUACAGGAGAUCCAAUUGGGCGAGGAGCUACUGGCCGCCGGCGACCUUGAGAACGGGGUCGACCAUCUUGGCAAUGCCGUGGCCGUUUGCGGCCAGCCCAACGAUCUGUUGCAAGUGCUACAGCAAACAUUACAGCCCAGCGUGUUCCAUCUACUGAUCCAAAGACUGCCGUGUGUGGCGCCCCGAUUGAUGAAGGGCAAAACGGGGGGACUGCAAGAGGACGACGUCGAAUAA